UGCUUUACUGACAGAACUGAUACGGGCUCAGCAGACAUGGAGGCCCGUUUUUGUGAAUGAGGCCCAGUCCAAAUCGGCUUGGCCGCGAUUACUCAAGCCCAGAGCAGAGAGAGAGUUCGGCGGCGUGGGAGAUACUGCCGAGCACCGACCGCUCAUUUGCAACAAAAACAACCGAGCGACCAUGUUGAUGGCUACGCAAUAAGAGGAUUUCAAUCCAAAUAAUGUGAACGCCGUUUUUGGACUUGCACAGAGCCCGAAAGAAGGAGAGAGAGGCCUGGACCGCUGGAAAAGGACCAAGCAGCAACCUCCGAACAAGGAUUGCUUUCCUAUCCCUGUUAACCCCCCUCCCCCUUUCCCUCCCCUUUUCCCUCCUCCCCAGCCCUCUGCCUCUCCCUAAAAACUGCACCUGGGGAGAGCGCCACCCCUGCUCCCCUCAAAUCUCUGAUGGAUCAGAGGACCCAGGGAGGGUCUGCCACUCCGCCCCCCCUCCCUCCCACAGCCCCUUCAGGGGAGCGAGAGAAGGAGGGAGGGGGUGGGAAGAAAGAAGAGGAGAAGAGAGAGAAGGAGCGAGAGCGGUCGCCCCCGGAGGCGGGUGGCGAGGGGGCCGGCGCCGCCGCUGACCAGCAGCAGUUCUCCGUCAAAGAGACCAACUACUCGGAGGGCAACGUCAAGCUCAAGAUCGGGCUCCAGGCCAAGCGCAUGAAGAAGCCGCCCAAGAUCCUGGAGAACUACGUCUGCCGGCCGGCCAUCCGGACCUCCCUGCGGCAGGGCCGGGGAGGUGGGCGGGGCAGCCGCGGGGGCGGGGCCGGGGGCUGCGGCGCGGGGGACGGCGGCACGCACACCCCCCCGCAGGACAGAGAAAGGGACCGGAGUGUGGCUCUGAACACCAACACGCACCAGCCCGCCGUUCCCCCUCCACCUGCCGCCGCCCCUCCUCCUCCCCCACCUCCUCCUCCUCCUCCUCCUCCUCCUCCCCCUCCCGCCACACCAACCCCUCUCAUCGCAAACCCUCCAGGAAAAAGGGGUCCCCCAAAACUAGCCCGCAAGUCAGAGGUGAAGUCAGACCCCUGUGCCGACAGGCCUUUAAAUCUUCACCACCUUUCAACAGAUGACAGACUGACUCAUUCAGAAAAGAAAAGCCCCUCUCCUCUAACCAACAGCUCUCCUUCAUCCACCCCAGCACCUUCCCCUCCCGCUCCCGCAGCACAGGACCCCAAGGAAGGGGGGGGGCCUGAUGGAGCCUCCAAACCCCCCCAGCCUGCUUACAUAGAGGGCCAGAGGGAGAGGGAGAAGGAGAGAAGUGUGUUAAACGGAGGGUCACCCACUGUCACAGAGAAACUGGCUCAGCUCAUUGCUAUCUGCCCGCCGUCAAAAUCCACCAAGGGCAAGGUUCGCAAAAACCCCUCUUCCACCGCCCCGUCAAAUGUGAACUCGACAGCCGCCACCACUGCCUCCAGUCCCCCAAGGCCGGACCCCCCCUCACUGAACAGAGCGACAGGCUCCUCCCCUUCAUCCAACUCUCAGCCGCACCCCCCUCCGACGCCCGUUUCCCGCCCCCCUGGUCGCCCCCCGGGACCUCGGCACAGAGACAGUAUUCUGGAGAAAUUCUCCGCCCCGCCCCGAAAAGAGGAAGGGGACAGGGACGGACGGGGGGGCAGCAGCAGUACCAGCAGCACUAUGAGCACUAAUGGCAAUAGCAACCCGGCAACCACCGCAAACGGCAGCGGUAACAACGGUAACGGUGUCAAGCAACAGCCUCUUUUCACCUAUCGCCCCGCGUCGUCAUCUUCAAGGUCACCGAUCUCCUCCUCUGAUGAGAGGGUAGGGGGUGUAUCAGAUGGUCGAUGGGGCCCUGCCUCUCUUAAUAACCUUUCCAGAGGUGGUCCCACCCAAACUCCUGAAAACAGUGACAGAGAGAGGGAGCAAGAAAGAGACAGUGCUAGGGACUUGGGCAAAUGCCCCCCUUCCUUAAGACAGGGAAGGCGAGAGGUUAACAGUAAACGGCCUGUGUCUCCUCCUGGGGGUGAGGGCAGGGGGAAGAGUUUGAGUCCCGCCAACAGCAGUCCGAGUUGCGAUCAGCGCGCUGCUAGGGCAACCACCCCCUCAGAAUCCACGAGACAGGCUUCCUUGCCCUCAGAACCCCCUGACACAAGUGCCCCGGCCCCUGUCCUGAACGUCACGCCCCCGGUAUUCUCCGGCUCACCCCUAGAGCAAGACUGCAAACCCCUCAAGAAACGCAAAGGUAGACGCCCGCGCUGGACUCGGGUGGUUAACCGGACGCAGAGGUCGGCUCACGCCUGUACUGCUGACGACAAGCUGCUGAAAUUGUGCAAACCUCAUUUGCCCUCAUCCUCCGCCCUGCCUCCUCACAAACCUAGACCAGUGGGACGUCCCCCAAACCCCAAUCGGAUCCCCCCAUCUGUGUCCCAGCUCUUCGCGGCUCCACCCAGGAAACGAGGUCGCCCGAAGUCCAAGAUGCCCAGGCUGGACGUCCCCCCCGCUGGCCGCUCUGUCCGGCUGCCCCCUUCCAAGGUGUACUCCCUGCUCAAGUCCAAAGAGGAGCAGGACCCCCCUGUCUUGCACCCGGAGGUGGAUCUGAACCCUCCGAAACCCAUGCCUAGGAAGCGUGGACGGCCUAAACGGUUGCCCCCCAACCUACCCCAGGAGACACAGCCCCCAACUUUGGCCUUGGAGGAGAGGGGGGGUAGCGGGACAGCAGCAGGGGAGAGCGCAGAAGGGGAUAAACUGUUCCGCAAGAAAGGCAACGGGCAGCUGAUAAUGAAGACCAUCAUUGGUAAAAUCAAUAAGAUGAAGAGUCUAAAGCGUAAGAGACUGCUUAGUCAGAUCUUAAUGGGACCGGGGGCCGGAGUUGUAGCUGAGUCCUCGCGGGUGGCAGGUGGAGGGGUGGUGGGGUCCGUUGCAGCUGCAAAGCACUCCUUGUCUUCCCUGGCGGCCUCUUUCGGGAGCAAGUCGGCUCCCCAGAUCAAUGUCAGCAAGAAGGGGACGAUAUACAUGGGCAAAAGGAGAGGCCGCAAACCUAAAGCAGCGUCGAAUCCCGCAGCCAGUAAUCCCACUACCCCACCCGAACCUUUCCUGCCCCCAGCUUCUAACUCGCCCCUCCACCACCACCAGUCCCAGUCUACCCAUUCCCAGCAGCACCUGCUCCCAUCAGAGGUCUUCCCCUCCCCCUUGCUUUCGCAGUCUAGCGGGGGCCAGAGUCCUAUUAGCGAUGCUGGGUUUGUGGAGCCGGGUGCCGUGCAUUUCGCGCCGCAUUCCCACUGCAGCCACUCCCACCACGCCCACCAUUCCUUCCCCCUGCGUCCCCUUGCCUCCCCGGCCCCCUCCCCUCGUCCCCUCGCCCCUUUAGGUUCCUCCUCCACCGUCCCCUCCCCGCUGAAGAAGUCGUCCUGCCGCGGCCAUCACCACCUCCACUACCGGCAUCACUUCCACUACCGCAAGAUUUCCCCUCCCCCGCCGCUGCUGCCCACGUCCCCCUCCCACCUGAGUGAGCUGAAGGAGGCCACGCCUUCGCCCGUCAGCGAGUCCCACAGCGAAGAGACGGUACCGAGCGAUAGUGGCAUAGGAACGGACAACAACAGCACUUCCGACCGGGGGGAGAAGGGAGGAGGGGGUGGCGGUUUAGGGGGCAUGGGGAUUGCCCAGGGGAUGACGGGAGGGGUUCUAAUGCCUGGGGUGGUGGGGUCGGUGGCGGGGGUGGCAGCCGGGGUCAACCCCCGGGGUCGACGGAGGCACUCCUCGGUGUUGCUAGAUCGCCCCUCCCCUUCCCCUUCCCCUCUGGGCUCGGGGGUGUCUCCUGACGCCCGUAGGACACCCCCCGCCCCGCCACCCUCGGCGCUGAUUGGCCACAAAGAAAAGCACAAGCACAAGUGCAAGCGGCGGGGGCACAGCUGCCCCGGGUAUGACAAGCUGAAGAGGCAGAAACGCAAACGCAAGAAGAAGUACCUUCAGCUCAGGUCUCGGCGACAGGACCCGGACUUCCUGGCUGAGCUGGACGACAUGAUCACCAGGCUGAGCGAGAUCAGGAUAGGCCACCGUAGCACAGCCAUAGGGCUGGGGAGCGCUUUAGGGCUGGGGAGUGGGGGAGCAGGUAGAGGGACAGGCUUGGGGGCUGGUGGGAGCAGUGGCGGGGGCAGCAUGGGGAGCAACAGUCACCCUCCUCCCCACCACUACUUAGCCAGAGACCUCCUCCCCACCAUCUUCAGGAUCAACUUCAGCGGGUACUACUCUCCUCACCCGGCUUACCCCUGUGACUCCCUGCACUAUGUCCGCAAACCAGACCUCAAGAAGAAGCGGGGGCGUCCUCCAAAGCUGCGUGAAGCGAUGGCGGAGGUGCCCUUUGUCCACGGGCUGGGGUUCCCCCUGUCAGGAGCUGGUUUUUACCACCCCUCCUACAGCGUCCCCUACUCCUCUGCCCCUCUGGGACUGAGCUACUACAGAGGUUACCCCCCAGCAGCAACCCUCUACCCCCACCCGCACCAUCCGACGUCCCACCCUCCCCCUCCCCACCCGCACCACUCUCCCUCCUUCCCCCCGCCUCCUCCUCCCUCCUUCAUGCACCACCAUGCUCCUCACCUCCUGCUCAACCCGGCCAAAUUUCACAAGAAGAAACACAAGCUUCUGAGGCAGGAGUUUUUGGGAGGGGGCAGGUCCCCUAUGCUCUACUCCGCCGUGCCCCCUGAGCUGUCUUACGGCUGGCUCCACGAACACAAACACAAACACAGACACAAGCACCGGGACCGGAGGGGGGAGGAGGGCGGGGUCGAGGGAGGAGUCGGCGGAGCUGGAGGUGCGGGGGUAGGAGGAGGAAGAGGGGGCGUUGGGAUGAUGGACACUCUGCAGCGCUUUCGAUACGGGAAGGAUCCCGCAGCUCCCACCAAUGCCAGUAAUUCAGCAGCUACCCCCCCAGCUAACUCCCCAUCCUCCUCCUCGUCAUCCUCAGCCGAGAGGUACAAACGCAAGGAGACCACCUUCUCAUGCCUUGGACCCUCCUAUCUGUCCCCAGGAGGGGGAUCCAGGGGGUAUCAUCACCAGGAGUCCUGGCUGAGAAGGGGCAGCCCUGACGUGGAUUAUGCCCGCUUCUCCCAAAAGUCCAACCCCAACCAGGACUCCUUUGUAGCAGGACACCUGCCAGACCCCGCCGGGUGCUCCGACAGCGAGGAGGAAGAGGAGCCUCUUCCGGCAUCUCCGCACUCGCACGCCGCUGGCCACCACACCAACCUGUUCGCCUCUGCCCUGAGCCGGAGUACAGCAAGGGCCGGCCGGGGGAGGCGAGGAGGCGCAGCAGCCGCGGCCGGGAGCUUCGCGGGAUUGGACGGGAUGCUCAGGAAAGACCGCCCCUCGUCAGCUGAGAGGAGAGACACAGGCAUGACGGGGAGCAGUCAGACGCGAGGAGCGCACUCCGGCGCCCCCGGCUGUCUGGAGGGCUCACUGCACCACCGGCACCACCAACAGAGCCUGCACGCGCACUCUCAUUCGCACCACCCCACCCGGCACUCCUCGCACUGCGGCCACGAUGUGCCUGCAGGGGAGGGGCGGGGCCCGCGGAGGCCACCCAGCCGGGAGAGGGGCAGCGGCAGCCGGCAGGCCAGCCCCUCCACCCGCCCCGCCCAGCCCUGCUGCCUGGACUCCACCUCCCCGGCCCCCUCCCCCUGCUCCAAGCAGUCCCCCCUGCACCGCUCCCGCACGCCCGGCCCGGGGUGCGAGAGGGCCCUGUCCACCAAGCGCAGCCUGGACCACGUCAACAAGAUCCUCCGGGCCAAGAAGCUUCAGAGGCAGGCCCGCGUCGGCAACAACGUGGUGAAGAAAAGGGGCCCCGGGCGCCCCAGGAAGUACCCCCUGCCCUCGCCGACGCCCUCCCCCCCGCCUUCCCCCGCGCCCCCGCCGACGCCGUCCCCUCAGCACGAAGACGGGGGGGACGGGGAGGGGGGCGACACCGUCUCGGACGUGAUCGAGGCCGUGGUGCAGGGUCAGCACAGGAUGGGACAAAAAAGGAAGCGCUGGGAGAGGGACAGAGAGGAGGAGGAAGAGCGGGAGGAGAACGAGGAGGACGAGCCGGAGGAGGAGGAGGAGGAGGAGGAGAGGGCAGAGGGAGGAGAGGAGGACUCCAGGGACGGGACAGCGGCGCCCAGGGGGGAUCCUAAAAGAGGCUGGCUGACCCGGGAGGAGCUUCGCUGUUUCCGCAGUGCUCUGGAGGGGAAGCCUGACAGCCAAUCAUCAGCAGAAAGCUUGGGUCAGCCGCCGGUGGAGCAGGCCCUGCCCCUAGCCGUGAGCAGCCAACGGGAGAAGAGAACGGCCAGGCCGCCCAAGAAGAAGUUCCAGAAGGCGGGCCUCUACUCUGACGUCUACAAGACCGACGAUCCCCGCAGCCAGCUGCUGCAGCUGAAGAAGGAGAGACUGGAGUACACUCCGGGGGAGCACGAGUACGGCCUGUUUCCAGCCCCCUUCCACGUCGGGAAGUACUUGCGGCAGAAGCGCAUCGACUUCCAGCUGCCCUACGACAUCCUAUGGCUGUGGAAGCACAACCAGCUGUACAAGAAGCCCGACGUGCCGCUCUACAAGAAGAUCCGCUCCAACGUGUACGUGGACGUGAAGCCCCUCUCCGGGUACGAGGCCACCACCUGCAACUGCAAGCGUCCCGACGACGCUGCCGAGAAGGGCUGCAUCGACGACUGCCUCAACAGGAUGAUCUUCGCGGAGUGCUCCCCCAACACCUGCCCCUGCGGGGAGCACUGUGACAACCAGCACAUCCAGAGGCACGAGUGGGUGCAGUGCCUGGAGCGCUUCCGCGCCGAGGGCAAGGGCUGGGGCAUCCGCACCAAGGAGCCGCUGCGCGCUGGCCAGUUCAUCAUCGAGUACCUGGGGGAGGUGGUGAGCGAGCAGGAGUUCAGGAACCGCAUGAUCGAGCAGUACCACUCCCACAAUGACCACUACUGCCUGAACCUGGACAGCGGCAUGGUGAUCGACAGCUACCGCAUGGGCAACGAGGCGCGCUUCAUCAACCACAGCUGCGACCCCAACUGCGAGAUGCAGAAGUGGUCAGUGAACGGGGUGUACCGGAUUGGGCUGUUUGCCCUGAAGGACAUGAGCAGCGGCACCGAGCUCACUUAUGACUACAACUUUCACGCCUUCAACACGGAGCAGCAGCAAGUGUGCAAGUGCGGCUCAGAGGCCUGCCGGGGCAUCAUCGGGGGGAGGAGCCAGCGGGUCAACGGGCUUCCUGGGAAAGCGGGCGGAGCCGGGGGCGGGAGCAGGAGGCUGGGCCGACUGAAGGAGAAACGCAAGUCCAGGCACCAGCUGAAGAAACGGGAGGAGGAGUCCAGUGACAGUGGCAAGUUUUACCCCCAUCUGCACAUGAAGCCUAUGUCCAACAGAGAAAGGAACUUUGUGCUGAAGCACCGGGUUUUCCUGGUGCGGAAUCUGGAGCGGAUCAGGGAGAAGCAGGAGCUGCUGAGGAGGGAGGGAGAGAGGGAGCGAGAGAGGGAGAGAGAGGGCAGCGGCCUGUCGCCCUACGUCCGCUGGGGGGGCGUCAUCCGCGACGACGGCAACAUCAAGUCAGACGUGUUCCUGACGCAGUUCUCGGCGCUGCAGACGUCGCGGUCGGUGCGCACGCGCAGGCUGGCGGCCGCCGAGGAGAACAUGGAGGUGACGCGCACCGCCCGCCUCGCGCACAUCUUCAAGGAGAUCUGCGACAUGAUCAUCAGCUACAAGGACUCAGCCAGCCAGCCUCUCGCCGCUCCCCUUCUCACUCUGCCCUCCAGGAAACGGAACGUGGAGUACUAUGAGAAGGUGUCGGACCCCCUGGACCUCAGCACCAUCGAGAAGCAGAUCCUCACUGGGCACUACAAGACCGUCGAGGCCUUUGAUACCGACAUGCUCAAAGUCUUCCGCAACGCAGAGAAAUUCUACGGCCGCAAGUCCUCCGUAGGCCGCGACGUCUGCCGGCUGCGCAAGGCCUACUACGGGGCGCGGCACGAGGCCGCCGUCCAGAUCGACGAGAUCGUGGGCGAGACGGCCAGCGAGGCCGACAGCUCCGAUUCGCUGGAGCGGGACCACGCCCACCACGGGGGCGGGCCGGGGUCUCACGACAAGGACGAUGACGUCAUCCGCUGCAUCUGCGGGAUGUACAAGGACGAGGGCCUGAUGAUCCAGUGCGAGAAAUGCAUGGUGUGGCAGCACUGUGACUGCAUGCGGUUGGAGGCCGAGGUGGAGCACUACCUGUGUGAGAGAUGUGACCCCCGGCCUGUGGACAGGGAGGUGCCCAUGAUCCCGCAGCCCAGUUACGCCCAGUCCGGCUCCAUCUACUACAUCUGCCUGCUCCGGGACGACCUGCUGCUGCACCAAGGUGACUCCGUGUACUUGAUGCGGGACAGCCGACGCACCCCGGACGGCCAGCCAGUCAGACAAUCGUACCGUCUCCUGUCCCACAUCAACAGAGACAAGCUGGACAUCUUCCGAAUCGAGAAGCUGUGGAAGAAUGAGAAAGGUGAGAGGUUUGCGUUUGGCCAUCACUAUUUCCGCCCCCACGAGACCCACCACUCUCCCUCGCGCCGCUUCUACCACAACGAGCUGUUCCGUGUGCCGCUCUACGAGAUCAUCCCUCUGGAGGCUGUGGUGGGAACCUGCUGCGUGCUGGACCUCUACACCUACUGCAAGGGCCGCCCGAAGGGCGUGAAGGAGCAGGACGUGUACAUCUGCGACUACCGCCUGGACAAGUCGGCCCACCUCUUCUACAAGAUCCACCGCAACCGCUACCCCGUCUGCACCAAGCCCUACGCCUUCAACCACUUUCCCAAGAAGCUGGCCCCCAAAAGGGACUUCUCGCCUCACUAUGUGCCAGACAACUACAAGAGGAACGGGGGACGCUCGUCCUGGAAGAGCGAGCGGCCCAAGCUGAGGGGGAAGGACGGCGGGGGCUGCGAGGACGAGACGUCGCCGGGCGACCCGCGGGUGUGCGACGGGGGCGGCGGGUCCCGGCCCGACACCGAGGAGGGAGCCGCCGAGGGCGACCUGGAUGCGGCCCAGGGGGAACCCCCGCCCGUCCCGGCCCACCCGACCCCACCCCCUCUGACCCAGCCCCCGCAGGACCGGGGGGCGGAGCGGGAGGAGGAGGACGAGGAGGAGGAGGAGGGGGAGAUGGAGGAAGGCUCGGCGGAGCGGGCCGAGGCCCUGGAGUCGCCCGCCCCCUCCCUCCAGCACUCGGAGCCGGAGAGGAGGGAGGCACAGAGGGAGCGCCUGAACAAGAUACUGCUGAGCCUCCUGCACCGAGUGCCCAGCAAGAACGUCAUCGAUGUGACCUACCUCCUGGAGGAGGGGUCCGGGCGCCGGCUGCGCAGACGGACGCUGGGAUUGGGCGACUUCGGCAGGAAGUGAUGAGACCAGCCGCAGACGGCAGCCACACUCCCCCUCGGUCACGCCCCGGGGAAGACAGGGGGAAUGAGAGGAAGGAGGGAGUCAGAGGGUGGAGAGACAGAGUGCGGCAGAGCG